GUCCCCUCAGGGUCUGCACCCCGGGGACCCACCCGAGCCCCAGUCGCCCUCCGGCCGGCCGGAAACACAACACGGUCGCCAAAGACGAGGAUGUCGGGCGGAGCAGCCGCCACCUGCGUUCGCCGCCCCGGGCAGGUGGGGCCCCGGUGACAUGGCAGUCCUUGCGGCAGGGCCCGCCGGGCACGGGAAGCUGCUGACGGUGCACCGAGAGCUGCUGGUCCAUCACAUCGGCAACACGCGGUGCCUGCUGGACAACCUGCUGCACAGCGGCUACUUCUCGGGGGAGGACGCCGAGAUCGUGCGCGCCUGCCCCACCAAGCCCGACCAGGUGCGCAAGAUCCUGGACCUGGUGCAGAGCAAGGGCGAGGAGGUGUCCGAGUUCCUCCUCUACGUGCUCCAGCAACUGGAAGACGCUUACGUGGACCUCCGGCCUUGGCUGUCAGAGAUCGGCUUCUCCGCUUCCGGGCUUAUCCGGACCAAGACCGUUGUGAACACAGACCCGGUGAGCAGGUACGUGUGGAAGCUGCGGCAGCAGCUGGGCCGCGACUCCAGGUUCAUCCUGUGCUACGCGCAGAGGGAGGAGCUGCCCUUGGAGCACAUGUACACGGACACCGUCAUGGAGCUGGUCGGCUUCCAGGACGAGAGCCUGGGCCGGCUGGACGGCCCGGCCGGCCUCCUGGACCGCAGCUCGGGCGUCCUGAGCGAGCUGGGCGAGACGGUGCUUGUGUCGGGCGACGCGGGCGCGGGCAAGUCGGUGCUGCUGCAGCGCCUGCAGGGCCUGUGGGCCGAGGGCCGGCUGGACGCGGGGCUGCGCUUCUCCUUCCACUUCCGCUGCCGGACGUUCAGCUGCUUCCGGGAGGGCGACCGCGUGAGCCUGCGGGACCUGCUCUUCCGCCACUUCUGCUGCCCAGAGCAGGACCCCGACGAGGUGUUCGCCUUCCUGCUGCGCUUCCCGCACACCGCCCUCUUCACCUUCGACGGCCUGGACGAGCUCCACUCCGACCUGGACCUGAGCCGGGCGCCGGACGCCUGCUGCCCCUGGGAGCCCGCGCACCCCCUGGUCCUGCUGGCCAGCCUGCUGGGCGGCCGGCUGCUCGGGGGCGCGGCCAAGGUGCUCACGGCCCGCACGGGCACCCCGGUCCCGCGGCGGCUGCUGCGCAAGAAGGUGCGGCUGCUGGGCUUCUCGCCCGAGCACGUGCGGGCCUACGUCCGCAGGAUGUUCCCGGGCCGCGGGCUGCAGAGGCGCCUGGCGGACCACCUGGAGGCCAGCCCCAGCCUCUGCGGCCUGUGCUCCGUGCCCCUGUUCUGCUGGAUCGUCCUGGUCUGCUACCGGCACUUCUACGGCGUGUCCGACAGCUGCCUGCGGCUGCCCGAGUGCUCGGUGACGCUGACGGACAUCUUCCUGCUGCUCGCCGAGGUGCAGCUGGACAGGACGCGGCCCGGCAGCCUGGUGCAGAGGAACACGCGCGGCCGGGCCGAGACCCUGCGCGCCGGCCGCGACGCCCUGCUGGCCCUGGGCCGCGUGGCCCACCGGGGCCUGGAGAGGAGCCUCUUCGUCUUUGGCCGGCAGGAGCUGCGGGCCUCGGGGGUCCGGGAGGGCGACCUGCAGCUGGGCUUCCUGCGGGCCUUGCCGGGGCCGGACGAGGCGCAGCCCGCCUACGAGUUCAUCCACACCACCGUGCAGGCCUUCCUGGCCGCCUUCUUCCUCGUGGCGGACGGCAGCGUGGGCACGCGGGACAUGCUCCGCUCUUUCCGAGAGUGGGCGCCCCCGGGGCGGGCGGCCGGCGCGGGCUCCUGCUUCCCCCCGCUCCCGUGCCUGGGGGGCCGCGGCGCGGCGCGGGAGGAGCCCUGGAAGAGCCGGGAUCACCUGCAGUUCACCAACCUCUUCCUGUGCGGGCUGCUGUCCAAGGACAGGCGGGCGCUCCUGCGGCCCCUGGUGCCGGCCGCCGAGCUGCGGAGGAAGCGGAGGGCGCUGUGGGCCCGCCUGUCCUCCAGCCUGCGGGCCUACCUGGGGAGCCUGCCCCGCGUCCGCUCGGGGGGCUUCAGUCAGGUGCAGGCCAUGCCCACCUUCCUCUGGAUGGCCCGCUGCAUCUACGAGACGCAGAGCGAGAAGGUGGGGCGCCUGGCGGCCCGGGGCGUCUGCGCCGACUACCUCAAGCUGACCUACUGCGACGCCUGCUCGGCCGACUGCAGCGCCCUGGCCUUCCUGCUGCACCACCUGCGCCGGCCGCUGGCCCUGGACCUGGACAACAACAGCCUGGGUGACUACGGCGUGCGGGAGCUGCGGCCCUGCUUCAGCCGCCUCACGGUCGUCAGACUCAGCGUGAACCAGAUCACUGAUGCCGGGGUGAAGGUGCUCUAUGAAGAGCUGACCAAAUACAAAAUUCUCACCUUCCUGGGCUUGUACAACAACCAGAUCACCGAUGUCGGAGCUGGAUAUGUCGCCAGAAUCCUGGAGGAAUGCAGAGGCCUCACACACGUCAAACUGGGAGCAAACAAAAUCACCUGCGAAGGGGGGAAGCGGCUGGCCGUGGCCGUGAAGAAUAGCAAGUGGAUCGUGGAUCUUGGGAUGUGGGGUAACAGAAUUGGCGAUGAAGGAGCAAAGGCCUUCGCAGAGGCUCUGAGGAACCACCCCAGCUUGGGCUUCCUGAGUCUCGCAUUCAACGGCAUCUCCGCAGAAGGAGGGAAGUGUCUUGCACAAGCCCUGCAGCAGAACACGGCUCUAAAAACAUUCUGGCUCACCAAAAACGAGCUCAAUGAUGAGGCAGCGGAGUGCUUGGCAGAGAUGCUGAGGGUCAACCAGACACUGGAGCAUUUAUGGCUCAUCCAGAACCAGAUCACAGCCAAGGGGGUCGCCCAGCUGGCAGCCGCACUGCGGAACAACACCGGCAUCGUGGAGAUAUGCGUAAAUGGAAACUUGCUGGGGCCCGAGGAGGCGAAGGUCUUUGCAAGUGAGAAACGGAUCGUCUGUUCCUGACAGGAUGCUGUUGAGCACGCAGGGCCCAGGAGAGCCGCUCUGAGCGCCUGCCGGGGGCCGUCCUGCGGCCUCCCUCUGCAGACUGCCGGCAUCCGGGCCGCUGCUCUGACCUUCCAGGAGACACGCUCUCCUGAGCCGCGUGGUUCACUCCAGCCGUAGUAGGAAGAGACGAAGCACAUCGGGAUUGUGUGUGUCUGAGAUGAGAGCAGGGAGACUUGGAGCCUACGUGCCGGGGCUGACGCGCCGGAGCCGCCACUGCUGUCCUCGCUGAAGACUCAGGGACGGGGCCCAAGCGGGCGCCAGGCUUGUUGGACAAACUGUGCCUAACGAGUAAGAAGUGUUUUACUGGGGCCGGGCAGUGGCAUGCUGGGUUAACGCAGGCGGCGCAAAGCGCAGGGACCGGCGUGAGGAUCCCAGCUCGAGCCCCCGGCUCCCCACCUGCAGGGGAGUCGCUUCUCAGGCGGUGAAGCAGGUCUGCAGGUGUCUGUCUUUCUCUCCCCGUCUCUGACUUCCCCUCCUCUCUCCGUUUCUCUCUGUCCUACCCAACAACAAUAGCAACGGCAACAAUAACAAAAAACGGCCUCCAGGAGCAGUGGAUUCGCAAUGCAGGCACCGAGCCCAGCGAUAACCCCGGGGCAGAAAAUAAAAGAUUGUCUUACUGAGAUGCUGUCUCCCUCGCAGCACUUGCACUGUGCUGACACCUACCCCACUGUGUCGCCGGGGACUUGUGGGGACUGGGCUCAAGGUUUGUCAAGUGCCAAGGAAAGCGUGUCACGGGGUCUUUCUUUCUUUUUGUCCUUGACCACGCUAUCUGUGCCCGGAGAUCACAGGCCGCCCGCCUACCUGGUCUGGGACAAAAGACGUUGUUUCGCGCUGCUGAGCCCUACCCAGGGCUCUUGCAAGAAUCCAAGACUGGGCUGACUUUUGCUGGAAGGCUGCUCAUGGUGGAUGGACGUCUUCUGCCCUGGAAAGACAGCCAGUGUCUGCAGUGCGGGCAGACGCAGCUGAGUUUCUUGUCGACACUCCUCACUAGCUGAGAGGGUGAUGACAGUUGCAGCCCGGACUCAUCAGGGUGCUGGAUAUGUACCUACCGGGCCGGGUGGUAGUGCGCCUGGUUAAGUGCACACGGUACUGAGUGCCAGGACUGCACAGGGAUGUGAGUUCGAGCCCCUGGUCCCCGCCUGCAGGGGGAGAGCUGCACAAGUGGUGAAGCAGGGCUGCAGGUGUCUCUCUGUCUCUCUCCCUCACUAUCUCCCCCUCCUCUCUCAAUGUCUCUGUCCUGUCCAGUGACAUGGAAAGGUGGCCACCAGGAGCGGUGGAUUCAUAGUGCAGGCACUGAGCCCCACUGACAUGGCAGACGUGCUGGGUGCCACCCAGGGGCAGAGAGGUGGCUGUAGCAGGUAACUUGCUCUUUGUCAUUCUUGUCUUAAUAAAACACUGAGACACUG